CCCGCGUGAACCCAGCGUCACCAUUAUAGCGGCUCCGCGUUGGCCCUUCGGGCUUCAAAUGACCAGGCAUGGCCAGGAGGAGCCUCUACGCCAAGCGGAAGACGCUGUACUCGAGUCGGAAGACGACCGCCAAAGCCAUGGCAAAGCGGACCCCCAAGAAAAGCGUGCAACAACAACAACCCGCAUACGAUGAAGACGAUGAAGUCGACGAUUUCACCGAUGUACCACAGCAUAUCCAGUUGACGUUGCAGUACACCAUCACGUCGCAAGGACUUCUGGUCUUGGCUGAAACGGGUGGCGCCAUGGCCCUCCUGUUGGUGUAUGUGUUUAUGACACGCUAUAUGACCGACAGCGAGUGGUACGCACACGGUAUCUUCCUAGUGGCCUUUACCUACGCCCUAAACGACCUGCUUGUCAUCAUAUCGGCUCUGUCAUCGCCCUCCACCCAAAUGCACCUGCCGCGCACCACGUUCUACGCAUUAUACCAUUGCUUUGGCGGUAUCAGCUAUGGAUUCACUGGGGUCCUUGUGUACAUGUUUGGCAAUGACAUCUCGUUACCCUACGCCCUGCACGCCGGGAUGACUGGACUCGGCCUCAGUCUUGUCCAUUUUAUUCACACUAUCAUCAACGUUCUGUUAGUGCUGUCUCUGGAGCCUGACUAG